AUGAGGAUUCCCAGAACGGUGGAAACGUUAGAGAGGAGGAUAGAGGAGCUAACCCUCAAAUUGAAACAAGCCGAAGAGGCUCUUUCUCAUUCAAGGCAGAGCAGUCAUCCGGCUCAACAAUCGGCCCUAAUGCCUGACUCAAUGCCUUUGACCGAAGCCUUCCGAACUCAUGACAGCCUCGCCUCAAAGGACGGCAGGACCAUCAAUCCAGUCCCUGCCGCUCCCGGGGCCGAUGAGUCCACGGCCCAACGGGAAGGCUCUUGCACUCCGGACGGCGCAGAUCUCAAUGUUCACACACAGGGCUGGGAGUACUACGGCCCGUCUUCACCCGUCGCGUUUCUUCGCAAAAUCCCCGGCCUGUCAGAGGAGCGGUCUGAAUACUAUGCUGAACAACCCUCCAGAACUUUCCUCGCUUCGCUUCUUCAUAACAACAUGUUCCCUCUGACACCGGCGGAAGGGGCUCUGACCCACACGGAUCCGGAGACCUUUGCUCGCGAGCGACUUUACUUUAGAGUAUCCAGGAAAUUCAUUGAUGCCUAUUUUGAUAACCUCCAUCACAUACAGCCAGCCCUGAAUCAAGAGAGAUUCAUGACUCGUUGCGAGGAAUUGUGGUUCGGCCACCAAGUCACUUACCCAUCCACAUUCAUCGCUCUGUAUUAUAGCGUUCUUUCCCUUGGAGCGCUCCUUGCGCAUCCGAAACGCAGCAAGUUUCAUGGUCUGGAGCAUUUCGAGUGGAGCCGGAUAUUAUUCAGAGAGGCAUGUGAGGCCAUGUUGCGCCUUGGGCAUUAUACCAACUUGGAUAUGGUUCAGUGCUAUUACAUGAUGGCCAAAAUUGCCCAGCACGAGCUGAACCCCCAUAUCACGUACUUGUACACCGGUCAAGCUAUCCGAAUAGCUCUGAGUAUCGGACUGAACCGCGCGUCCCAGGCUCCAGGGAACGCCCUUGAAAGGCACUCGACAGAAUCAAGCCAAACCUGGUGGUCGCGGUCAUUGACGAUAACUAGCCAGACCAGCUUCGCUCUCGGUAGACCCGAUGGCUUGGGCCCGGAUGCAUUUCAUACUUGUUCCAUUCCUGGUUCGUCAAGUGGUACUCCACAAGACGCCGGAAGCAACGACGAUGCAAGCAUUCAAAUUCUGCCGACAAUGGUAGCGUUUUCAAGAGUCAUGCGACGUGUCGGCUCCGAUCUCUACGCAACUCACUAUCCAUUGGUUACCAGACUUCAAAAGGCCGUUGACCUGGCUCGUGAGCUUGAACACUGGCUAGCAGAACUGCCGCCACGAUAUCAGGAGUCUAGUGAUAGUAUCACUCGCGCUUUGAAAUCGACUUUGUCGGUGAGCUGCGAGGAAAAGCAAAGGAUCGUCGUUUGGCUCCGAUAUCACAAUCUCCGGAUGGUGAUACAUAGUUCAGUCAUCGGCAAUGUUCCAGAGAAGGAUCUCAGAACCUGUGCGCAAGAGCAUUGGGAACUGUGCAUAAAUUCGGCAAUGAGGACCAUUCAAAUCAUCCACGAAACCUUUCUUAAGUACAACUUCUUCCAGACGUGGUCUUACAAUUCGACAUACAUCCUUUUUGCUGUAACAAUCCUCUUCAUUGGAGUGUUCCAUCCUCUGUGUUGUGUCGACUCAGACCUGAUUUUGGCCCAUGUCAACCAGGCCAUUGUUGUUCUUGAUGCUGUGGAAGAAACGGUUGUGACCCGGAAAGCGAUUGCCAUCAUCACCGAAACUCUCGCACGAGCAAAGGAUCAUUGCCGCCAUGCUGUGACCCUGAAACCUUCAAAUGCUAUGCCUACAACGUCCCCGGCGGCAGUGAGCAAUGCUUCUCCCAGUACAAUCCUCAAUUUCGCCAAUGGCGCAGGUUCCUCUGCGAUUGCACCAUCGCAUGCACUCUUCAAUCAGGGUCUGCAGCCCCUAGGAGUAAAUGGUCUGAACUACAUGCAGGGAGGUUAUGACUUUGAGACUUCAUCCUUUUGGACUGAAUGGGCACAAAGUUUAGGUGGCGUGACUGACAUGAACUAUGGAUGCCCAUGA